AGUUGGGCUCACUCAGCAUCUUUUAUGGCAGCUAUAAGGUCUAGUUUUCUCUCCUUCCACUCACUGACCUGGGGUCGCCGUCAGCGAAGAUGUCCCAUUUUGUGUUGUUUCACUGGAUUAUGAUACAGAUCUUUAUAGUGCACACUGCAUCGGGAACUGUUGUUCGAGGAGUGAUAGGACAACCUGUCACCUUGCCUUGCUCCUACCAGGUGACACAAGAGAAGGAUAUCUCCGAUAUGUGCUGGGGCAGAGGUCCGUGCCCAAACUCCAAGUGCAGUAACAAACUUCUGCACACCACUGGGAGCAGGGUGACAUUCAGAACAUCGCAGCGGUACAACCUGCAGGGCUACGUUUCCUACGGAGAUGUGUCUCUGACGAUUCAGGAGGUGAAGGCAGAAGACGCGGGCACAUACUGCUGCCGCGUGGAGAUCCCGGGCUGGUUCAAUGACAUCAAGCGGAACAUUCAGCUGGUGGUGGCCAGAGUAACCUCUGUGAAGAAAAAGCCUACGAGAAAUAGUUCCAAAUCCAAAAAAGGUUCCAGAAAAACAACUUUUGCACCCCAAACAACCUCUGAUCGUCAAGGAACAAUGCAGACAACUAUCUUCCUGACAACCACUGUCCCCCCAGCAGCUCCUGCAGCCACUGAGUCUCCAACAGUAAAAACUACUUUGUUCCCCCCAGUAUUUGGUGAGACAGCAAGUGACACUUCUCUAGAAAAAAUGGUGUCAACCAGUGCUCUGCCAGAUUUUUCAUCCAGUUUCCAAGCAGCUGAUAUGAGGACUGAAGGUGAUGGCAUCUUCUACUCAACAGAGUUAAUCCAUCUUCCUGAAGCAACAGCCCUGCCAGAGCCAACCACACUUCAGACACCGAAGUUAACCCUUGGUCCUGCAGCAGUGCACACUGCAUCGGGAACUGUUGUUCGAGGAGUGAUAGGACAACCUGUCACCUUGCCUUGCUCCUACCAGGUGACACAAGAGAAGGAUAUCUCCGAUAUGUGCUGGGGCAGAGGUCCGUGCCCAAACUCCAAGUGCAGUAACAAACUUUUGCACACCACUGGGAGCAGGGUGACAUUCAGAACAUCGCAGCGGUACAACCUGCAGGGCUACGUUUCCUACGGAGAUGUGUCUCUGACGAUUCAGGAGGUGAAGGCAGAAGACGCGGGCACAUACUGCUGCCGCGUGGAGAUCCCGGGCUGGUUCAAUGACAUCAAGCGGAACAUUCAGCUGGUGGUGGUCAGAGCACCUCCAGUGAUGACAACAACCAUGGGAAAAGCUCCCAUUUCCCCCAACCAUUUCGGAACAACAACUUUUGCCCCCCAAGAAACCCCUGAUCUUCAAGCAAUCACAUGGGCUGCUGUCCCCUCAGCAGCACCUGCUACCACCGAGUCUCCCCCAGCAUUCGAUGUGACAACAAGCAAUAACUUUCUGGAUAAAAUGAUAACAACCAGUGCUCUCCCAGAUUUUUCAUCCAACUUCCAAACAGAUGAUGCAUGGACUGAAGGUGAAAGUGUGUUCUGCUCAACAAAGCCCAUCUCUCUUCCUGAAGUGACUACUGAAUUCCCAAGUACACUUCUGACUGCAGACAGAACUGAAGAGGCCAACAUUUCUCUCUUGACAGAUGAUGUGCCAGCUGUAGCAACAGCCCUGCCAGAGCCAACCACACUUCAGAUGCCAAAGUUAACCCUUGGUCCUGCAGAGACUUCACUGGGUUCAACCGGCAAUACAGAGAAAGCUGGGAUAAAAUUUUCUCUUCCAAUCUCCACCAUUCUCGGCAUAUCUCUCAUAGGGAUAUCUGUUAUUUUAAUGUUGAUACUCUUAUCAUUGCUUUGGAAACGUAGACGCAUGAGGAAGUUUAUUAUGAAAAGGAAGAGAUCAGAGACUUACAAACGGUCCUCCAUGGAGUAGCAAUUCAUUCCAAUGGACAAAAAAAAAUGGGCCCCAGGAAGGGCACGCUGCAGCAGCAUGGCAAACCAAACCUUCCACCAGUGGGUAAAGCUUGCAGCCAUCGUGAGGCCACUGCACCCCAUCACAUCCUCCUUGAGUCACAUGGAAGUAUACCAGGUGACCACUGAGGUGGUCGUUUUGAAACAGAUGUGAAAUAUUUCAGUAUGAUGAAUCACCCAGUGCAGGUGUUCCUAAUAAGCUCAUGUUUUCUGUCUUGUCUUGAACACAGGAUUUUCUCUAACAAAACACAGUGUUGUCUAUUGAAGUAUCAGCCUUUGCCAAUGAUCAGUACUUUAUAAAUAGUAGAUGGUCUCCUACUGCAUACCUAGUGGAUGAGGGCUGGGGGCCAAGGAGGGGCUCCUUUCUGAACCCCAUUGUGUUUCUCUGCCAGCUGUCACUAUAAGAUCUGAACAGGCCUUUCCUAAUUGUUAGAAUGAUGCAUGCAAGGUAAAUACUUCAUGGUGUAAAUAAGUAGACUUUUACCAUUGAAAUCAGUGGCCUCAGUAGCUCCUGGUCUCUGUUCCAAUGGGAAUGUGCCAAUACUGCAAAUAAAGAAGGGUGCUGUGAAUCAUCAAAGUGCUUUUGCCCCAUCCAUACUGAUCUAUGCUUAU